AUGCAAACGAAUAGGCUUAGAUGGCUACGAUUACAAGAUAGCUACUAUUUUAUAAAUGUAAGUUCUUUGUGGACUACACCUCGCAACUAUAGUGGACGAAAGCUUAUCUAUAAGUGUAAAUCGUUUUGUGGUGGCCUAGGUGAUCGGUUUCGUGGAAUUAUCACAUGCUUUGUUCUAGCACUAGUUUCUAAUCGUCAAUUUAUGAUUGAUAUGACUCAUCCAGUUGAUGUCAAAAAUGACUUGUUGCCUAAUAUGUACAAUUGGACAUUUGACAAAAAGACGCUGAAUUUGAAUCUUACUCAGAAAGUCAUCCAUGCUAUUGAUCAUGCACCCGGCUUUGAGAAUCAAAUUCGAAGUACAAAAUUCAUUGAGACUUGGGAAAAAUAUGACGACAUCGAAAUAUAUACAAAUAUUGAUUUGGUUUCUGAUAUUUUUCGAAAUCCUCUUAUGCGAAACAAUACAAUAAUUGAUAUGUUCUUGCUCAAUGUACCUUUAGAACAACUGACCUUGCACAGUUUAUUUCCUUUUUUAUUCGAAAUUCUAUUUCAACCAAGUAUUGAAGUUGCCACUGUAUUACAAUCUAUUCUUCAAGAUAUUGAAAAUGGCUUCACACUCACUUGCAUACAUUUGCGCAUGGGACAGAAUCCAUCAAAUCCGUUGGAUGGUAAUUUUGGAGAUCGAGUUUUAGCCGUUCAAAAUAUACUAGAUUUCUUGAAUAGAACGAAUUUAAGAAAAAUGCGAAAUACACGAAUUUUUGUCACGAGCGACUCAGAGCAAGCAUCGUCAAGCAUAGUUCGUCAAUUUCCAAAUCAAACUUUAACAAUACCUGGUCCAAUCCUUCAUGUUGAUCUUCCAGCUAAUGGUAUUCAUCGUCUUCAUGGAUUUCGUAAAGUAAUUGCCGAUUUUUACGUGUUAGGAGAAUGCCACAUGAGUAUUUUGACAGUUAGUGGAUUUUCGACAUUAGCCAAUCGACGACGGGUAGAACCGUACCAAAACUUAUUUAAAUAUGAUGGCUCAAAUAGGCGAAUCGAACGCUGCCACGAUAUCUAUCAAGAUCCACAGCCAUCAAAAACCGUGAUCGUUGGAAAGUAUUGCAGAGUCGUUUUCAAUUGUUCUUCUCGCGAAAUGUGAGCUGAUAUAGGGUAUAUGUGUGUGUCUUUUCUCUUCAUCCACAUCUGAUAAAGAAUAAAAACGUGAAUUUUGUGAUAGUACAAAUAGAGGUCUGCAACAAAAGUUUGUUGGAAAAACCAUGAAAUACAAAUUAUCUUAUUUUUAUGAUAUACUCGAUUCUUCAUAUUAAAAUUGUCGUUCUGUUUGAUCCAUUCAAAGAAAUGUCCAUAUACUGAACAUUAUAUGGAACGAGAAAAGUCAGAAUAUGUCUUCUUUACUGCUGCUAUGAAUCUAUUGAUAAAAACCGAAGAAAAUACUCCAAAUGUAAUCAUAGAAACUUCUCAAAGUCUCUUAUGGAUAAUUGUACUCAGAGACAGUGACUGAUCAUAUCGUUUGAAAAAAUUGCCAUGUUUCAAGUGACUUCAUCAAGGAAAAAACGGUCACUCGAUGACGUGGAAAAAUUAUUUUCGAGACAGUUGGCUUGAUUUGAUUCUUAAAGUACAAUAAAUUUGUGAAACUCAUGUCAAUAGUUUCAUUUGUAGUUUUCUAAGUCUUAUUUUGUUAUCAAUGUAUAAUUGAUUUUAUUCUAAUUGUAUUCGUUCAACACAUUCGUACUCAGCCGAGAGAUAUUCCGGAUCGAAACUUAUCUGGCAAAAUCAGGACCCAUACAAAUAGUUAUUAUUAAGAGUUAGCUUUCUAAAACCUCUAGUUUUCUACUGUAUAAUCGAGCCAUAAUUUCAGGAACUUUACACAAUGUGUGCUUUUGACGUCUUCAAUAUCUUUCGAAUUGUUAACAAUUAUUCAAAAGCCACGCAUUGUAUUGUUACAGAUCUACCAACGGGCACUGAGACCAAGUAAAUAAAAUAUUUUUUCAUUUCUCUUUUGAUAUGAAAAAUCUUAACUAAGCAUUCGCUUAACUUUUUUCGAAUCAAGAUUAUGCAAAAAUACAAUAAAAUUGAUAUCACACUGAAAUAUUAAGCCACAUCCAUGUAAGUGUCACUUGAGAGUAAGAUUUUUACAAUGACCAUUUUUUAAAUAAACUGAUUAAAGUGAAUCGAAUAUAGCAUAUAACACAUGGCACGCUCUACUGCAUGGAUGUCACGAGAAAUUACCAUAGAAAACUGUUUUUUUAUUCUGUUUUCGAUGCUAUUUUUGGAGAAAAAGUUGAGUUAAUAUGCUCAAUAAUGGAUGUCCAUGUAUAACUUUCUCUUAUUUCGUUUUUUUUAGUUUAUUUCUCACGUAUAAUGGAAACGAAACUAACUUUCAUGGUUGAAGAACUAGUGAUCAUAUAGUAUUACAAGUUAAAGUUCGAUGUUGAUAAAUAUAUCACAAACUAUUUGUCACAGUUAGAGAUCUAUGAUUUCUGAUUUCGGUAAAAAAAAAUGUCAGUUAUAAAAUUCUGCAUAAUUAUUUCAGUUGAUCCGAGAUAUGUAUUGGUUACAAAAAAGCUAAUGAAAGACAUCUGAAACGGACACUAUACGGACUUUACUUUCGUUUAACAGGUCGGCCAACAUAGGUACAUCAUGAAAAAUAGAUCGUUCGGGAUAUCAGCUUGUUUUCAUUUUAGUAAUUUAGUCAAAAGAGAAUAAAUACAUUUAUACUAGUACAACGCAUACUUGUAGUCAUGCUCUAGUUUUCAAGAAUAGAAGAAUUCUCGAAUUAUAAUAAAGUUUUAUAUUAGUCAUUACCAUUAUCAGUUAUUCAAUAUUAUGACUGAGGUGUGGGUGUAGCCGUAGACGUAUUUGCUGAUGUGAGUGCUGAUGUAUAGAAUAUUUUAAAUAAUUGUUUCCUACACUUUAAUUCAAUCAAAAAUCGACGAUGACUGCAAUGCACUAAGUUUCUAUGGAAAGAAUUUUUAAAUCUCAGCCUCGACACAAAAUUCAAUAUUUCACAUUGAAGAUUAUUCAAUCAAUAUGUUUUAUGUGCAUUCAUUUCGGUUGCUGUUAUUGAUGUCGUCCGACGAAUGACGAGCUCAAAUAAGAAAGAACGGCAUCAUCAGAAGAAAUGUAACUACAUCAACGAAUAAAAGAGCAAGGCAAACAAACAAGCCACCCUAUAACAUAAAUUUUCUCUUACUCUACAGGAAUUGUUAAACGCAAGCUAGAGAAAAGUCAAGGAGAGACACAGGCAUCUUGCUCUUACUCAAUCAUUGUCAGAAAGAAAAGAAAAUGAAUAGCAUUCGUAAGAUAACAGAUGAGAAGAAACCACGUAAAAUGUAGAUUCGAAAUCGUAUUAGAGAUCCAAGAAGAAAACAGGAUUAAACGAAAUAAGAUGUUUUUUGGGUGCAAAAAUCUUUGAUCUUCUCGUUAGAGCUAUCUCAGACAAUGCUUAGUGACACUUUCAGAUUCCCAGCUUCGAAGAAUCUUUUGUUCUGGUUUUUGGACCUCAAUACUCCACAACGUUUCUGAAAACAUUUUUCACAUUUGAAUAUUUCCAAAUUCAUCUUAUCAUGCGCUAGCAAUCUGCAGAUCAUGAAUAUUUAUAUUAUAAGUCUCAAAAAUGAUUCAGGAAGGCAUAAUCUGCAAAGUACCUCGAUUUUCUUGUUUUCUGCUAUAUCCUCACUCAUCUACAGUCACUAUGGAAGAUGAGAUUACAUAUUUUAUCGUCGUAUAAUGGUCAAAUAAAUCAAGUAUUAGUUUGAAUUUUCUAAUCGAUCCAUUUUAUCAAUACGAAAAUUUUGUCCCGCUCGAAUAAGUACUUCUUGUUCGUCAUGAAAAUAUGAAUAUGAAGAAAUAUCAAUGCUACGAUUUUGACGGCUAUCAGAAUUAGUGUCAAUAAUGGACAGAACCUUCGUGCCAAAUGCUUCAACAACGAAUCGAUUCGUUGAAGCGAAUAAAAAACUAUUCCAUGUUUUAAUAGUAUCAAUAGCUUGCUUGUAACUAACAAUAAAUCAUUGAAUUAUCGAGCGAAAUAUUGUUCGCAUUGCAACAUUACUGAACUUCAUCAUGGCACCUCGAUAGAGUCGUUCAGUGAAGAAUUUCAGCGAGAAAGGUUCACAAUGUGGUAGAUUGUGAAGAGACCAACAGAACCGACUCAGUGUUUCAAGUUUACUUGUAUCAUUGUCGCGCAGUAUGCGAUUGAUGAGUCGAUAAAGAAACGGCUCGCACGGAUAUAUGUAUAUGUCGUAGGACAAAUUAAAAUCUAGUUCAGUUUUAAAUCGAACUAGGACAGAUUGAAAUUUUAAUUCUUCCUAGUUCAGAUUAAAAUUUUGAAGUCAACUAGUUCACUUCACAAUCAUUUCAAUGUCAACUAGUUAACUUCAAAAUUUUAAUCUGAACUAGGAAGAAUUAAAAUAUUUUAAACU